UUCUGUUGCAGAAAGCAUGGCGUCGGGUCACAUCGGCAGGCUGGCUAGCCUGUUUAUUCGUGUUAACACCAGCAAAAAUAUACAAUUUAGAGCCGGAACUUUUCUGUCGUCUUGCAACAAAUCUACUAUCAGAGGUGCAUCCUUGAACGAUAACAAUGAUGUGGAAAUCGCAGUGACAUCUGAUGGAAACACAAUAGUGUGUUAUCAUCCGACAGAAGACGUACCCUAUGAGCUCACACAGCCGAUUGUCAGGCCAGACGCUAUCAGUGAUCAUGCAGAAACCCAUGAGCAGGUGCUCAAAGCCAGACUCGGUAAAGACGUUUUAAAUAACAAACAGGCCCCGACUAUAGAGGAGCUCAGUAAGAUGUUUUACACCACCAAACACCGCUGGUACCCCGUCGGACAGUAUCACACCAGACGCAGAAACCCAAAUCCACCCAAAGACAGAUAGAUGCUUUUUCUCUCCUCUCUAAUGUUCCUUAUGUAUUGCUUCACAUUAAAUAAACCCUUCAUUCAUC